AUGAAUUUUUACCUGAAAAUAAAUUUAUAUUAGAGAUAUGAGUAAUAAAAUGAAAAAAACUAAAAGUAUUUUAAAAAUCACAUUUAGGAUCACCACAAUACAAUAGUUGACUACUCAUAAGAAACCGACUAAAAGGAAAGAUAAAAUCUAAUGAAUAAGAUUGCCAAAAAUAAAGGGAUAAUUAAAUUUAUAAAGUGUUUAGUUCACAUCACAACCAUGGAUGAAAAAUUCAUACAAUGUGAAGAUGAAGGUUGA